AUGGGCGUUCCUAAUCAACCUUUCCUCAUUUCCAGCAAUCUCUUAAUCAAAGGAAAGUGCAAUUUAGUCAAUCCUUUGUUGAGCAAAGUCCUAGAACUCCAAGACAAGAAGAGAAGAUGUGCAGCUGAUCAUUCUGGCUUCAGAAAUGGCCGCAAUACGAAGAUGAAGAUCAGGUCUCGAACAAGGUUUCUGAUGAUGAGGAGGGCUUGUCUGGAACGUCGAAGACGGGGGCCUGUAGGAACUUCUGGCAAUGGGAUUCAAAGAAAAGUGAGGAUCCUCAAGAAACUAAUACCAAAUAGCGAGUCAAGGGAAAUUGAUGCUCUUUUCCAAGAGGCUGCUGAUUAUGUUUUAGCGUUGCAGAUGAGAGUCAAAGCAAUGCAGAUUAUGGUUAAUCUGUUGUCAGGUUCUGGUGAUCAUCAAGAUUAA